AUGAGACUCCUCCAGAUCACCUCCUUCGCCGGUCUUCUGGCCUCUGCUCAGGCUGGCAAGCAUUGGGGCACCGGCACCGGCACCCCUUCUGGAACCGGCCCCUCGGGUACUGCUCCUCCCACGAGCACUGCUUGGACGACCGUCGUCGUGCCCACUUACACUACCUACUGCCCGUCUCCUACUACCUGGGCUUGGAACAAUGUGACCUACACUGUCACUUCUGCCACAACCAUUACUCUGCCUUGCCCAUGUACUAUCUCGGUCUCGACUCCUCAGCCCAUCACCACCACCUCAACCUACACGACUGAGGUGCCUUGUGAGACCACAACGACUCCCUCAGGCGGCAUUCCCUACCCGAGCGUUAACUCCACCGUCGUGGUGCCGCCUCCGCCUGUCACCCACUCCACCACCCCUGGUGGCCCUGGUGCCCCUACUCCUCUGCCGGGAUCCUCUAGCACAGUGACCUCGACGACUGUGAUUGUUAGCACACCUCCACCGUCGACCUUCCUGUCAGGAACCACUUCCAUCGGCGGCGGCGGCGGCGUCCCAGCUCCGAGCCCUACCACUUUCUCCACUAACGCACCCACGAACACGCCUGUGGCUCCGACGUCGUCUCCUGCCGGUGUCGUCACUGCAGGUGCGCCCAAGAUGGGAUCUCCAGCCGGUGCUCUCGGCUUGAUCGCCGGUAUCGCAGCCUUCAUCGUCUAA